AUGUAUAUGGCAUAUGGAUGGCCGCAGGUCAUCCCACUGGAGCAGGGUCAAUGCCCUUCUUCCCAAAAGGUCGUAUACCUCAAGGUCAUCAAUCGCUUACUGCUUGUUGUCUCUCCCUCUCACCUUGAGCUCUGGAGCUCUUCCCAGGCCGGCUUUAUCAACAGCCUAAAAUCCACUUGA